AUGGUCGCGUUCAAGAGCUUCGCAUCUGGUUGCAAGAGACUCGCUGGUGUGCGAAAACGUGAGACUAUGGUUGCCGACACGCAGCCGUCUCCAGGUAUAGUGGUCAACGAAGCAAUUACUAUGAGGCCAGCUGCUGGACUGAAGCGUAGAUAUGAUGACCAGGGGGAGCAAGGAUUGCACCAGGUUGUGGGAGACCUAGAGCACCUCAAACUGGUCGAACAGGAAAUGUCUGAGUGA